AAAUCUCCCGUUGGCCCAAAACAUGGCCUUUUUCCCUCUCUGUCUAUCUUAUGUUCGUGCUCUUGUCCUGUGCAUGUGAAAACAGACAGAACCUUACAGGAGAUUGCUGAUAACAUCCCAUACUCCCCGUAAUCCCAAAGAUAAACUUGCCAUCUUGUCGUACCUGAUCCUCUUCAACCCAGAACUGUACCCUUUCAUAGCACCAUCCCCCAAGGUCGCAUUCUGUUACAAAAAAUAACCACGACAGGAGAACGCGUUACCAAGGUGCCAGACAAUACUCUGUACAGACAAAGUCACCAUGGACCACCCUUCUCGGAUCUCCUGCGAUGACAUCUCCCACUCGACCCUAUAUACCAUGAUCCCCUCGGCCGUUCGGUCACGGAUGCCUGUCUUGACCUCUCUGCGACGGUCUGCAAAGGCUGUCAUACUGCACGACUCGAGGGCACGGAGGAAACCUCAGACGCUAUCACGUAUCGAAUCAUUUCAAGAGAAGGAGACCACUACUACUGGCUUCGCUGCCACAGUGCCCUCGAGCGGCGCCAAUACACCGAUGAUGAGACCAAACACUCCAGAGGAACAUUUGUCCGCACAAGAGUUGAGUCUGAAGAUGUUGUCGCAACAAGACACGAGCAGUGGGGUCGAUUGGGAUGUCGCCGCGACUGGCGUCCGGCUCUGGAUAACUGCAAAAACACAAGCUGAACAAGGCGGGGAUGUCAACGCCCUCCGGAGUAUGCACAUUGAUGCACUUCGAUACAUGCACAUGGCGCUUCCAGAGAACUUGACUGCACUCGAGGUGGAAUCCUUGCGCGCCAGUAUGUCUCCUCGGAUUCUUUACCAGUCGUCAUUGAUGCCACAGAUCGACAGAAAGUCAAGUCCGAGUCUCUUACGUCAGGGAGUUGCCAGGAUAGUAUGUUGGAUCGUUGCAGGGAUCCUUUUGGUCCUUCCAGUGAUCAUGGCGUUCCUCAAUCGAGCAUUGCAGUUCGAACGACAACACCAGCUGACCGAGAAGGUGCUUGCCAAUGGACUCGACUUGACCUCUGCCCUUGGUGAACGUAGUUUGGAACUUCAAAAGGCCUUGUCCCGAUUCAAAGAUGGCCGUCUGGGAGGCGCCUGUGUAGAUGCAGGGUCAUGGUUGAUCGAAGGGGUUGUUGGUGGUGUCAAUGAUGGUAUUGAUGCUGUUGCCCAAGGCCGGACGAGAGCAUCGUGAUAGAUCAUUCAUGUCAAUAAGCAAAAUCACAUAUGUCUGAAUA